CUCGUUCUCCCGAAAAAGUUCAAUCCCGACAACCUCGACAAUCCAACCACCCAACGCCGGCCAGCCACCAGUCGAUUGCCUCUGAGCCACCAUCAGGUUAGUUGAUCGAUAUCCAGCAGCAGUAUCAGCAACACGCAUUUGAUUCAGACGGACUGUUGUAACGGACGAUUAACCUCGAUUUCCCAAUCUUCGUUCUCCUGGCUCUCUGCCGGAGCAAAGAGGCAUUUCGCGGUAUCGCCCUGGCGAUGUUCGAAACACCCAAUCCUAUUCCCGACCCAUCUCCCGACCUCUCUGUUGAGUUCAAUGGGGAAUCAUGUCCAAUUUCUUCUUGUCGCAUCACAGCCUAGGUCCGGACCUGUGCUAACCCGUCUUGCGAACAGCAUAAGCAAUCAUGGGUAUCUCGAGAGAUUCCCGCCACAAGCGCUCCGCCUCCGGUGCCAAGCGCGCCUACUACCGGAAGAAGCGCGCUUUCGAGGCCGGUCGCCAGGGUGCUAACACCCGUAUCGGCCCCAAGCGAAUCCACACGGUCCGCACCCGCGGCGGCAACCACAAGUACCGCGCCCUCCGCCUCGACAGCGGUAACUUCGCCUGGGCCUCAGAGGGCUGCACCCGCAAGACCCGUGUCAUCGGCGUCGCCUACCACCCCUCCAACAACGAGCUCGUCCGCACCAACACCCUGACCAAGUCCGCCGUCGUCCAGAUCGACGCCGCCCCCUUCCGUCAGUGGUACGAGGCCCACUACGGCCAGAACCUCGGUCGUCGCCGCCAGCAGAAGCAGCAGGCCGCCGGCACCGUCGCCAAGGAAGAAGAGGUUAAGAAGUCCAAGUCUGUUGAGAAGAAGCAGGCUGAGCGCUUCGCCGCCCAGGGCAAGGUUGAGAAUGCCCUCGAGAAGCAGUUCGAGGCUGGUCGCCUGUACGCUGUCGUCUCCUCCCGCCCCGGCCAGUCUGGCCGCUGCGACGGAUACAUCCUUGAGGGUGAGGAGCUCGCCUUCUACCAGCGCAAGCUUCACAAGUAGACGUUACGCUCUUCGUCUCUUUUCACGAUGAGUGUAUCAUGUUCUGCUUGCUAACCAGCGUCGCGUUGGGAGUAACGGCAUGGCGGGGAAAGGCACUAGAUAACUGACACUCCCAAUGGGUUUCACGUUAAGGGGAAUGAAAAAAAAACAUUUUAUCGGGCUCUUAGGUUGUUCUUGGUGUUCAAACAGGUUUUUUGCUUUUCGUCAAGUCUGGCGAGGCCACCAAUGGGUGGCGUGAUCAGCUUACAAUCAUGUGUGGGCUCGGGAAAAGCAAACCGGGCCGACGGAACGGAUUAUGGGUUAUUAGGAAGAACUCAAAAAGACUAUACCACCAAGUUUUUGCCUGCCUCACAGAUAUAU